AUGUGCUCCCGACAGAGCUCCGGAGGCUGCCAUGAGACGUCCUCCCAGUCCAGCGGGUGCCACAGUGGGGGCUCGUGCUGCCACGGGGGCAGCUCCUCCAGCUACCAGGCACAGGGCUCCUCUUGCUGUGGAGGCAGCAGUGGGGGCUCUCCCCAGGUCAUUGUGAGCUCCGGCAGUGGAGGAGGGGGAUCCUGCUGUGGUGGAGGCUCCUCAGGCUAUGGCAUGGGAGGAGGGUACAGCAGCGGUGGCUCUUCGGGAUCAAAGAGCAUUAUUGGAGGUGGAGGCAGCGGAGGGUCCUCUGGGUGCUGCGGUGGAGGAUCCAGCAGUGGUGGGUCAUCAGGAGGCAAGAUCAUAAUUGUUGGAGGUGGAAGCAGCAGCGGUGGAUCCUCUGGGUGUUGCGGUGGAGGCUCCUCAGGCUCUGGCAUGGGAGGAGGAUACAGCAGUGGUGGAUCUUCAGGAUCAAAGAGCAUUAUUGGAGGUGGAGGCAGUGGAGGGUCCUCCGGAUGCUGUGGUGGAGGCUCCUCUAGCUAUGGCAUGGGAGGAGGGUACAGCAGCGGUGGCUCUUCAGGAUCAAAGAGCAUUAUUGGAGGUGGAAGCAGUGGAGGGUCCUCUGGGUGCUGCGGUGGAGGCUCCUCUAGCUAUGGCAUGGGAGGAGGGUACAGCAGCGGUGGCUCUUCAGGAUCAAAGAGCAUUAUUGGAGGUGGAAGCAGUGGAGGGUCCUCUGGGUGCUGCGGUGGAGGAUCCAGCAGUGGUGGGUCAUCAGGAGGCAAGAUCAUAAUUGUCGGAGGUGGAAGCAGCAGCAGUGGAUCCUCUGGGUGUUGCGGUGGAGGCUCCUCAGGCUCUGGCAUGGGAGGAGGAUACAGCAGUGGUGGCUCUUCAGGAUCAAAGAGCAUUAUUGGAGGUGGAGGCAGUGGAGGGUCCUCCGGAUGCUGUGGUGGAGGCUCCUCUAGCUAUGGCAUGGGAGGAGGAUACAGCAGUGGUGGCUCUUCGGGAUCAAAGAGCAUUAUUGGAGGUGGAGGCAGUGGAGGGUCCUCUGGUUGUUGCGGUGGUGGAUCCAGCAGCGGAGGGUCUUCGGGUGGCAAAAUCAUAGUUGUCGGAGGUGGAAGCAGCAGUGGUGGUUCCUCUGGGUGCUGUGGUGGGGGCUCCUCAGGCUACGGCAUGGGAGGAGGGUACAGCAGCGGUGGAUCAAAGAGCAUUAUUGGAGGUGGAGGCAGUGGUGGUUCCUCUGGGUGCUGCGGUGGAGGGUCCAGCAGUGGUGGCUCUUCAGGAGGCAAGAUCAUAAUUGUUGGAGGUGGAAGCAGCAGCGGUGGAUCCUCUGGGUGCUGCGGUGGGGGCUCCUCAGGCUACGGCAUGGGAGGAGGAUACAGCAGCAGCAGUGGAGGAUCUGGCCAGAAGAUCGUUGUGAGCUCCGGAGGUGGAGGAGGUGGCUCCUCUGGAUGCUGCUGCAGUGGGGGCUCCAGUGGGGGCAGUGGCGGUUCCUCCCAGGCCAUGCAGCAGAAAUGCCCCAUUGUCAUUCCCUGCACCCAGGGCCAUCAGAGCAAGCAGGCCUGUCCCUGGCCCCCCAGCCACAAGUAACAGCCCCGGCAGCUCAGUUCUCAGCACCAACAGCCCCGCCUCUGCCACAGCACUGCUUUCCCUCCCAGGCCUGGCUGUUUGCCAGCCUCCUCUCAGCGUGUCU